AUGGAGAGAGAUAGAGAGAGAGAGGGAGAGGCAUACCCUUGUCUAGCGAGAAGGUGGAGCAGUGGAGGAGGCUGGACUCGAAAUCGUCCGAGGCUUUCUCCCUCCCGCGCCGGCGUCCAAGACAAAAAGAUUGUGUUUUGCUUGCCCUUGCCGGGCGUACUACGUUGCUCUCUUGUCCUCACUCCUCGCUCCUCCUCCAUGUUGCGUAGGGUUCUCGCGGGAGCGAUCGUGCGCCUCUCCGGCCCCGGAUUCUCCAACCCGCCACCGAGGAGUCGGCCUGUCCUUCUGCCCAUUGCCCCGCGCCUUUCCACCGCGCGGGAGCCGGCCGGCGGCGAGAGCGAGGGGGAGGAGGACGACCCGUUCUCCUUCCCGGACCAGCAGCAGCUCCCGCCCGACGUGGCGCGGGGCGUGGACGCCGUCGUCACGGCGGCCGAGGGCGCCCACCUGGACGCCGCGCGCGCCGGGGCCCUCCUGGAGCAAUGCGGCGCCGCGGCCUCCGAGACGCUCGUGGUGGCCGCGCUCUCGCGCCUCCGCAACAGCUGGGCCGCCGCGCACGCCGCGUUCCGGUGGGCGGCCGCGCGGGCGCGGCAGCAGCCCGGGUACGCCCCCGGGCGCCACGCGUGCCACUCCAUGCUCGCCAUCCUCGCCAGGCACCGCCGCUUCGACGACGCGCGCGCCCUGCUCGACGAAAUGCGCCGCAGGUCGCUCGCGUCGCCGAGGGCGGUGCUCCUCCUAAUCCGGCGAUACUGCGCCGCGCGAGACGUUGCUAGCGCGAUCGCCGCGUUCCGCGCGCUCCCGAGCUUCGGCAUUGAGCCUGGGGUCGCCCAGUUCCAUGGCCUCCUCAGCGCCCUCUGCCGGUACAAGAACGUCAAGGACGCGGAGCACCUGCUUCUGUCCAGCGACAAGGAGUUCCCGUUCGAGACCAAGGGCUUCAACAUCGUGCUCAACGGCUGGUGCAACAUGGUCUGCAGCGUGCGGGAGGCCAAGAGGUUUUGGACCGUCAUGGAGCUCAGGGGCGUCGCGAGGGACGUUGUGUCCUAUGGGAGUAUGAUCUCGUGCUUCUCAAAGGCCGGGAGCUUGGAUUCGGUCAUGAAGCUCUUUAACCGCAUGAAAGAGGCCGGCAUUGUGCCAGACCGGAAGGUGUACAAUGCAGUUGUGCACGCGCUCGCCAAGGGGCAGUGUGUGGAUGAGGCAAGAGCGCUCGUCCGGAGCAUGGAGGAGAAGGGGGUUGCACCAGACACGGCCACUUACAACUCCCUCAUUCGGCCUCUUUGCAAGGCUCGUCAGAUCCAGGAGGCAAGAGAGAUGUUUGAUGAGAUGGUAGGAAGGGGGCUGUUGGCAUCAGUGAGGACAUUCCAUGCAUUGUUCGAUGUUGCUACGAGCCCCACUGAGGUCUUUGAUCUCUUGGAUAAGAUGAAGGCACUACAUUGUGAGCCAGAGAUGGACACUUAUAUUAUGUUGAUCCGGAAGUUCUGCAGGUGGAAGCAGCACGACAGUGUGGAGAAACUGUGGAACGCAAUGCCUGCAAAUGGGCUGACCCCUGAUCGGAGUGCGUACAUUGUGUUCAUACAUGGAUUGUUCCUGAAUGGGAAGUUAGAGGAGGCUGCAAAGUAUUAUGAGGAGAUGAAAGCCAAGGGAUUUUCACCAGAGGAGAAGACUGAAUCAAUGAUACAGGCGUGGCGUUCAGGCAGAGAGCUUGCCAAGGCGUCAGCUUCUGUCGGUUCAAGACGUGGUUCGGUGUCUCUCAAAGUAACUCGUAGAGAGUGGUAA